AUGUUCAAGGUUUUCAUCACCCUCUCUGCUCUCACUCUCGCUGUUUUGUGCGCUCCACCAGGAUGGCCAACUGCCGAGGAAGCCAAAGCAGAAAUGGAAGCUUCCGGACUUUCUGCCCAAGCUGCUGAUGGAAUCUUGAAGAUUGCUACUGACUUCGCAUCCAAUCAACCAGCUGAAGGAACAGAGAUCGACCGUGAAGCUGCCCGAGCUGCAUUCCACCAAUUCAUUGAUAAAGUCAAUGAGUACAUCAAGACGCAAUCCCCAGCCGAUCAAACUGCCUAUGAAGCAUUUGUUGCCAAGAAGAAGGCUGAUUUCGAGUCUCGUAUUGCUGCCAGAAAAGCUGAGAAUCAGUAA